AUGUCUGGAACCCAUUCAAACUCUUCCUCAUCAAAAGCAAAACACUUCUGACAUAUUAACAGUCUCCUUCCCCACACCAACACAGUUUUCAAAAUCACUUUUUUUUUUCUUUUGCUAAUCCAUAAUUACCCAGAGAGAGAGAAAGGUAGGGCAGAGUUAAAUACAUACAACACAAAAAGCUAACAAAGCUUACCAAUUCAGCCUUCUCUCUGUAGUUUUGCUUCAUCAUCACAAUGUCCUUCUUUCCCAUUUUCCUCUUCUUUCUUCUACCCUCACUGUUCAAGCCUUCUCACUCAACCGCAAUUGUAGUGGAUGGAACUUCACAGUGGAAGAAUCCCAGUGUUCACAUUGGUGAUUCCAUUGUUUUCAAGCCCAUACAACACUUUAAUCUCUACAUUUUCAAGAACCAAGAAGCCUUCAACAACUGCAACUUCACUCAGGCCACUCUUCUCACCUCCUCCUACACGUGGCAUCCAUCUCGCCCUGGUUUCUUCUACUUCGCCUUCAACAAUGGCUCCCUCAAAUCAUGUGAAGAAUCUCAAAAACUAGCCAUAAAGGUGGUGAAUUCAGCAACAUCACAGGCUCCAACAAUGGCUCCAGAACAAGAACAUUCUCCAACGGCAGCUCCAUCACCAUCUUCAGGUGGAGAAGUAGUGUCAUCUUCCCCAGCAUAUCCAUGGCCUUUCCGUCCCCACCAAGCAGCUUCACCAUCACCAUCAGCAAAUUCACCAGUGACAAUUCCAUUAGUCCCCGACAAAGGUGGUGGCAUGCCAUUCAUAAACAGCAACCCUGCAGUUCCUCUUCCCACUGGUGAAGUUGAUUCUGCAACCAUUCGCCCCUUACCUACCUCUUCCACUCAACCACAGGUGAUGAUUGGAUCAUUUGGAUUUCAUAUUAUUAUUGCAGUGCACACCAUGGCUUUACUACUGCUGAUGUAAGGAGAAAAUUUUUAAGACAGAUUUUAUGUUAGAAAAAGGAAAAUGGGAGGAGAUAGGGUAGGGAGGGUAAUAUAAUUCCCCAAUGAGGUUAGAUGAAUUGGGUCUAAAGUAGCUUUAAGAGUGAUGAUUAUACCAUGUAUUAAGAUGCUCUUGUAUUCUACUUUGGAAUCGUUGACACUUUUUUGUUCUUUGGAUUUGGAAAAAGCAAUUCAUUGCUGCUUUUGCUUUGCUUUAUU